AUGGCUGUCCGCGAACUAGACAACGCUAUUCUUGUUUGGAUAGACGGACUCUCAAUUGACCAAAAGAACAAAACAGAACGCGCCAAGCAGGUCCAGUUGAUGGACAAAAUUUAUCGACAGGCAACAUGUGUUGCCAUUUGGCUUGGACGUGAAGCGGAUGAUAGUGGGCGGGCAACACAACUGUUGAUGAAUUCGGCGGCCUCAGCGACAAGUGAAUGGAUCAGCCUUUUGGAACAACGCGACUUGAAAGCUUUGCGCUCUCUAUUCAGGAGAGGUUAUUGGAGUCGGCUUUGGGUUGUACAGGAAGUGUUUCAUGCAAAGAGCAAGAUAGUCUAUUGCGGCUCUUCCAAACUCCCCUGGUACCUACAUAAGAACGCAUCAGAUGCUCUUUGGCAACACGAAAGCGACCCUUACCUCCGGACAGGACCAAGUAGCUUUCCAGACGUUCGACAUCUCAUGGAAUUGGGCCCAGACUCUCUGCUAGAAGUUCUAAGAGCUUGCCGAAGGAAGCUAAGCGAGAACCCAAGGGAUAAGAUAUUCGGUGUGCUAGGCAUACUCCCAACCGAUAUACGCAAGGGCCUACAUGUGAGUUAUGACACAUCCGUCAAGUCUCUAUACCUGGAAGUCGCCCGACUCAUCGUCUGCUCCACGCAUCGCCUUGAUGUGAUACGCGAAGCGAUUCACUUUCCUGUUCAGGUCAGCUUUACCGACUUGCCUACAUGGUGUCCAAAUUGGGCUCAGGUUCCAGAAAACUCGGCUUUGUCUUCAGAUGACUUCUCGGCUGCAAGCGACAGCGACGCGGAAUACGAGUUCAAGGACGAAUUCCGGAAGCUUGAGAUAUCUGCCAUCGAAUUAGAUAUCAUUGAAACGACCGGUGUGGCGGUAGGCACUCUGUGCUCGUUACAAGAUUAUCUCAUGGCCUUUCUGAAUUGGCGGGUGCUGCUUCUCUCUCAUUUCGACAUUACGGAAGACGAAGAGAUGGAGCAUCCGCGCGUCAAUGACUUCUGCAAAACGCUCUCGUUAGGCCAGCCACUCGAGGAACUGGAGUAG